CUCACGGAGAGUAGGGUGACGCCGGUGAUGCGUCUAUGCUGCCGCAAAUUCAAAAGAAGAAGAAGAAGAAGAAGAAGAAGAGAGUAGGGUGUGUUUCUGAAACACAUACUGUUAAAAAUACUGAAGAAAGUGUAAAAAGCUGCUGUAUAAAAAUGAUUAAUCUUAGAUAUUCGACGUCCUUCAUCUGCGCCGUGUUCUUCAUCACAGGAGCUGUUUCAGGUGAAGAUAAAGCAGUGGGUUCGUCUGUUUCAUUUCGUCCAGCCGUAAUAGUUCAACCUGUCAGCAGCAUUAUAUGGAAACACACAAGCAGCACUGGACCUGUUGUAAAAGCGAUUGAGUGGGAUAGUGAUGAUAAAGCUAUUAGCAUCCCGAAUCCGAGAUUCCAAGGCAUCACAUCUCUUGAUGAGAAGACUGGACAGAUCACUAUAACUAAGUUAACUUUUGAACACAGUGGACUAUAUACCAUUGACAUCAACAGUAAAGAACAGGAAAAAAAAUUCGCCUUGAAUGUUAUAGAGCCGGUCCCCAAACCUAAGAUAACUAAAGAUGUGAACAGUAAAUCUGAUGGUGUGCGUCUGAGAUGUGACUACAGUGGAAAAAUCAUCUGGAAGAAUUCUACUGGACAAACAGUGGAGGACAAGAAGAAUGAGAUAACAGUCAAAAACACAGGAAAUCCAGAAAACUUCUACACCUGCACACUCAAGAACACUGUGAGUGAAGAAACCAGUGAUCGAGUCUAUGAGAGAGAAUUAUUUGUGACAGGUGCAGGACCUAUCACUGGGAUAUUGAUUUUUAUCAUCCUCCUCCUCCUCCUCAUCAUCAUCUUGAUUUGCAUCUAUUUACUCAAAAAGUCCAUUUACGACCGUGUUAAUGCACGCUGUCCACGUAUAGAAAGUGUGUUAGGAUACGUGGAUUGUUGCAAAACGAAGAGAGAGCAGUAUAUUAUAACACCAAGAGGUGACGAUAUGAAAAAUGAGGCAGUAAGCCAAGGUGACAAGAUGAAAAAUGAGGCAGUCAGCCAAGGUGACGAGAUGAAAAAUGAGGCAGUCAGCCAAGGUGACGAUAUGAAAAAUGAGGCAGUAAGCCAAGGUGACGAGAUGAAAAAUGAGGCAGUCAGCCAAGGUGACGAGAUGAAAAAUGAGGCAGUCAGCCAAGGUGACGAGAUGAAAAAUGAGGCAGUCAGCCAAGGUGACGAGAUGAAAAAUGAGGCAGUCAGCCAAGGUGACGAGAUGAAAAAUGAGGCAGUCAGCCAAGGUGACGAGAUGAAAAAUGAGGCAGUCAGCCAAGACCAGAAAGAUGACUGUGAAUAUUUGAUGUGAAUAUUUCAGAUGCUACACAAAGUCAAAAUCAGUGAUGAAAAUAACAGCUCUGCUUCUCUAAAAAUGUCAGCAGAGUUUGGACAAGAAAUGAUAAAGCAGCAACAGGAGGAUACUCUUCUUACUGGCUUACAAAAUAUAUUAUACAAAGACAAUAUGUCUUUCAAAAAUGCAGUGAGCAUCAUAUAAUUGAAAUCAUUAUUUAUUCAAUUGAUUAAAUAUGGCUGGUUUUAAAGUUUUUAAAACAAUUUGCAUAUUUUUAUAAAUUGGCCUCAGUUAAAUUGCUACAGUGUUCACCCUGCAGAUGAUUUUUGUUUUUCCUCCCAAACUAAUUGUCCACAUUGUUAUUUGCAAAACACUUGGACUUAUUUGUCAUGUGUGACUUUUUUUUUUAGCAAUCUCUAUUGUCUUUUUUUUUAUUUAAGUGAUGACAUAUUCUUGGCAUUGCAUUUAGACCAAAUCCUUGACAAAGAGAGGACUUCCUAAAACAAGCUGGAGAACUAUGUGUUAAGGUAAUAAUGAUGAGGCAUCUGUCUGCCACUUUUGAGAGCAGCAGCUUCCGUACUAUAUUGUACGUGAUAAACAGUAUGUAAGUCAAGUAGUAUGUCUAAAUUCAUAGUAUCCACAAAACAGUAAGCAAGAAGUACCCGGAUGACUUAUUACUUACAGCAAGAUCUGAAAUGUGCAUACUAUCCCAUGAGGCAUAUACUGACAACGCACUGUGAACUAAAUCGAAAGCCAUAUUUAGUACCUAGUAUAAUUGCACGAUUUUGUAAGCAGUGAAAGAAAAACGGCAGGACGACAUCCAUCACACCAUACUACUAAUUGAAUGUAUUAAGAGACAACUGUAUGUAAUCUGCCAGUUUGAACAUAGUCAAAGAUCAGCAGAGGUGACAUCAUUAUUAAUUGUAAUGAUUCUUACAGCCUACAUGGGCUGUUUGUGACUGAAUGCAAAUGAGGCUGUAUUACAUAUCUUUUUUCCAAGAUGUUGCCAUUAUAUAGAAUGCACUAGCUAUUUACACUUACACCUUGUCUUAAUUGGUAGUGUCCAUUGUCGCAUACCCUUUGUUCUGGUGUCAGAAAUCUUAGUGAGAAAUUGACGGUUUUUCAAAUCAAUGUAAAAUGGGGCAUCUAAAUAAGUGUAUUACUGUUUGUACCAAGUAAAAAUAGAAACAAGUAGCACUUAGUGCAGACAGUAGUGUUGUCAAAAGUACCGAACGUGACACCAUUCGGUACUGAAAUUUAAAAAAACGUCAAUUUCUCACUAAGUGUUGUAUAUCUGUUGAGUGUGUGGACACAAUGACCAAUCAGCACGGUUUAAGAAUCUGCUCAACAACACCGCUAUCUUAGCAGGACAAUUUUAAAAGGCCUUUUUUUUUUUUUUUUUAUGGUCAGAACUUUUGACAAUCCUAGCAGUGAUGUGUGAAUAGAGAUAGAAUGGUGCUGUUUGUUAAAGAGAUAAAAACUGAGCACUGGAGAGUGGAGUUGGUAAAAAUUGUUUAUGCGUUUGUUCUUGAGGAGGGACCUGUCCUUUACUACUGAUAAAUAAAAUGAUCAAAUAAUAAUAAUAAUAAUGAAAAAAUUGAUCCAAAUCGUUAAAUGGUUAUAAUGUUUUUUUUUUUUUUUUUUUUAUGUGGGAAAAAAAUGGCAUACAAUGGUAAACCUUGCUGAUGGGUUUAUUGUUUUGAAAUUUUUACUUGUUCUUCCAGACUAUAACUAUUCAUUUUUUUUUCUAACAUGAAAAAAAAAAAAAAAAAAGUUGAAACCUUUAUUUCUUAUACAUUAUAAGGGUAUUCUUAAGGCAUUAUAAUGAACGGAUAACACAUUAUAUAUAAAAAAAAAAACUUAUAAUAUGUUGUAUCAUCUCAUGAAUAUUCAUAAGAAUACGUUUUAAUAUAUUAUAAUAUUUGCUUAUUUUUUGGUUAUAGAUUUUAAGAGUAUUUGUAAUGCAAUGAACAUGUUUUCUCCUCUUUUACAAUUACUUAUACUUCUCAUAGUUAUAAUGUAUUAUAACUCUCAUAUCUUGCCAUUUUUCUGACGCUACUUAAAGCGGUCAAAGUCCACUUAUUAAGUAGUAAUAAUUAUAAUAAUAAUAAAAAUGAUUUUAAACGGCCAUAAGAUCAGAUAUCAGAUCAGAUGAAUGUGUAAUAUAUGACACUUUUUUGUUUUUAACUGUUAAAACUUGUUGAUGGUACCCUUUAGACAGCUGUUGAUAAGUAACUGCAACUAUAACAACUAGCGGUCAUUCGAGUAUUAAUAUGUGUGCUACUGUAAAUAUAUGCUAACACUUUAUUUGGAUGGUCAACCAACAGAUAAACUGACUUUGCAAGUAUGUCAACUUAUUGAGCAUAUUCUUGAGCAUAUUAAUACUCUAAUAAGACUUAGCUGGCAUGUAGUUGCAAACUCGCUUAUUGUUCAUUGAUUAAGGGGACCAUCAAAAUAAAAUGUAACCAUAUAAAACAUAGAUUUUUUUUUUUUUUUUCAGUUGGAGUAUUAAGUUCACAUCAAUUGAUUAACAUUAUCUCCACAGGAAACACUCAUAUAACACUCAACAUCUAACCACUCACAAGUUAUAGUAAGAUUCUGUGUAGAUCUAAAUCAAUGUCAAGAUAUGAGACAGUCCAUUAUUCUGUAAAUGAAGUAGAUUUAAUAUUGUUAUAAUUGUUGUUAUGAUUAUCCAUGAGUUGAUAUAACAUAUUAUAAGGUUUUUAUAAUGCAUUAACCAUUUUAUAAUACCUUAAGAAUACCCCUAUAAUGUAUUAUAAAUACGGGCUUCUUAGAAAGCAAAAAAAAAAGUUGUUUUUUUUUGUUUGUUUGUUUUUUUUUUACUUCUGAAAUAUAAUAUUGUCAUAUUGCCAAUUAAAACUGGAAAAUGUCAUUUUAGGUCAUUUGUUGUUGUUUGUUCAAAUGUCAUCUGUGUUGAUUCAGACAUAUUCAGGUUUUUAUCAUUUGAAUCCAAAACCAAUUCUGUUUUUUAUCUCUUAUUGAGUAUUUCUUUGUUACAAUCUCAAAAGUUUGUGUGUGUGUGUAUUAUAUUCUGGUGUUUUAAGCGCAUUCACAUCCAUGUCUCUGGAAUUAUAAUAAAUUUCCCCAUUUCAAGGC